UGCCUUGCUGGUCAGGGAUUUGAACCAGCAAUCUUAUAAUUACAAGCGUGCUUCACUGACCAUUAAGACACCACUGCCCACAUGGGGACCAGGGGGACCCUGCAGUAGCCACAACAGUAGUUGUGUGCAGGAAUCACAUAAUCCUCACCCUGAGUUCACAGUUAUCCUAGUGGCUGGGACUGCAACCUCUUGGUCAUUAGUCUAGUUCUGUACUGUUGGUUCAUACCAUUCCAACCUCUGGGAACUUGAUCCAUAAAGCACAUGUCAGGAGCAUUGACUUUGUGUGUCUGCACUUCACUGACUCUUUACUGGUCUCAUUCCCUCCUAUCCAAUCUGUCAUCUCUCCCUGCUUUUUUUUGUCAUCUAGAAGAGCUUGAAUUAUUUACAGCACCCUUUUACCUUUACCCCUUGUCAUCUUGUUUGUGUCUAUUGUUAAUCUCCUUCCUUAUUUCCUCUCUCGUUCUCUCUCUCUCUCUCUCUUUGUCUAGCUUCUCAAAUUAGUUCCAGAGGCUCAUCUAUAAAUGAUUAGGCCUGAGCCGCUGUGUGUCUUUGUACGUUGGGCUUUUGUAGUUUGUCUGUGCACGGACCCUCGAGGGUUUGGGUUGAGUUUGGGUGAGUGUGGUAAUUGGACGUACAGCUGUUAGACUGAAUGGGCUACGUUGGAGCUAUGACAUGUGAUUAAAUAAAAACCAACUUAAUAAGACAAUGUACACUUUUGUAAAAAAUAAAGAAACCCUGUGACUCAAGCUAAAAGACUCACUUCUGGUUAUCUCAGAACUCAGAAUAUCCUUUCUGGAUACCAUAGAUCCCUGAAUAUCAUGAAACAAGGAUCUCUCUUCUAGUUGCAAAUUCACCGUCAAGGUUUUCAAGGUGGAAAGCCUUCUUUUGCUCUUAAAACAGUUUUAUGGUUGUGAUUUCCUCAAUUUGACUACUGUGUAUGAUAGACAUGCAGGGUAUGAGUGCUAUAACCUGCCAGACUGACAAACUCACUCCACAGCCAUGUUAAACACUUCUCGUCCAUGUAGGGUGACUUGAUAUCCAGGCAUCCGGAACACUUCUCGCAUGCACGGGGUGACGUGAUACAUCGGUAUUCUAAAUAAUUCUUGUCCAUGUCAGGUGAUUAAGAGACAUCAUGCACAUUUCCCAUCUGCACUAGGUGACUUUCUUCAUAUUUAUUCUGAACACCCAGAACUGGGUGAAAUUAUUCCGCUGAAAUCUUGUGCUCUUCUUGACUAAGCUCACAUCUCCGUAAGCAUGGUUAGCAUGGGGUUGGUAUGAGGUCCAACCAUGGGUACCGUGGUUAGUCUGCUUACGUCACAACAGACAUUUGUGGGAUGGGGGAGUCAGUAGUCUGUGGUUAGACUGAAUGAUGAAUGUGGCGCUUUUAUUGGGAGUCACUGGCUCUGAAGAGCAGAUUUUUGGUCUGGAAUUAGAAUCCAGAGCACUGCCCAAUAGCUAAUACUGCAUUUAUCAUAGCUACCGCCCGAACUUUGGAAUUAGCAGCAGAGAAAGCAAGAAUAAUAACACUAAUAGUCCUACUUUCUGCUUCGAGCAUCAUACUAAAUCUGUCAGGCGGCUUUAAGACCGCAGUAAAAUGAGCUGCAUGACGUCGCUGUGUUGACACUUCCAGAUGAGUUUGGCGCCCUGUUGGGUUAUCUGCGGACAAAGACGGCUUCGUGGGAGUAGACUCGGCACAGUACCGGUACACUCAUCCGGGUAUUCAUUACAGCGACACGUCUGGCAGCCAUACCCCUGAUGCAGUACCCGAUCUACCUAUUACACUAGGAUCAGGGCGUUGACAGCAGCUCCAACAAAGGUUCACCUGCCUCUCGCUACCUGUAAAGCUUAGGUAAUAAUAUGGUGAGGUCAUCUGCUAGGACGCUGCGUACCCUCCCCCGGUCUUUUUAUUAUUGGCGUGGCUGUAUGUGGCACGCUUGGGGAGAUGACACCAAACAAGAUCAUUAGUCUGGAUUGCUGUGUGCUGGCUCAUCUCAGACCCAUGUGAACAUGCUUGGGAAGAAGAUUCUAGCCCUUUGGUUCAUGUCUGUUUCUCUGCUUUUCCUCAAAAAAUGCACCCCAAAGCUGUUAAAGAUCACAUAAGUGUGACAGGAUCCUUAUAUAAUACUAUGCUGAUAGUCAACGGUAGAGGACCAGCGUGGAUUUCCGGUUGUCUGGCUGUGUGCAGACGCAUGCAGUCAUGAUUCCUCCUAUCUUUUCCUCCCAGGUGGCCAUCAAAUCCAUCCGUAAAGACCGGAUCAAGGAUGAGCAGGACAUGGUGCACAUCCGCCGUGAGAUUGAAAUCAUGUCCUCCCUCAGACACCCUCACAUCAUCUCCAUCUAUGAAGUGUUUGAAAACAAGGACAAGAUAGUGAUCGUGAUGGAGUACGCCAGCAAGGGUGAGCUGUACGACUACAUCAGCGAGCGGCGCCGUCUGAGCGAGAGGGAGACCCGACACUUCUUCCGGCAGAUCGUCUCCGCGGUUCAUCACUGUCACAAGAAUGGGGUGGUGCACAGGGACUUGAAACUGGAAAAUGUGCUACUGGAUGAAAACUGUAAUAUAAAGAUUGCUGACUUUGGCCUUUCCAACCUCUACCACAAAGACAAGCUCCUGCAGACCUUCUGCGGCAGCCCGCUCUACGCAUCGCCCGAGAUAGUCAACGGGAGACCGUACCAUGGCCCAGAGGUUGACAGUUGGGCUUUGGGAGUACUGCUGUACACCCUCGUCUAUGGGACCAUGCCAUUCGAUGGAGGCAAUCACAAGACCCUCAUCCGCCAGAUCAGCAACGGCGAGUAUCGAGAACCCACCCAGUCGUCAGACGCCCGCGGGCUGAUCCGCUGGAUGCUGAUGGUGAACCCAGAACGGCGGGCCACAGUGGAGGACAUCGCCAACCACUGGUGGGUCAACUGGGGCUGGAGGAACAGCGUGUGCGACUGUGAGGCUCAACGGGACGCCGGCUCACCCAUGCUAGCUCGCCUACUGGACUGGCAGAGCCGCAGCGAGCCCCGGUCCGCCAGGGCACCGCGGCCCGACCCGCCGCCCUUCGCUCACCAGCGCUCCAAGAAGUCCAAGAAGGAUGGGUCGGCGCCCUCUUGUGAUGGGGAUGAUAAACCUGGUUUGAAGAGACCCAAGGGCAUCCUGAAGACCCGACCACUUGGCGAGCAGCGUUCCAGCAGUUUGGGGGAGGUGCAGCUGGGGGCCGGGCUACUCCAGCAGGGAGCAGAGGUAUGCUCCAGUCCCGAGCGCGAGGAGGAGGACGAGGAGGAAGAGGAGGGAGAGGAACCCACCCCGUCCGAAGGUUCACCCACCAAAAUGGCACCCACCCUCCCCAAGAAAGGCAUUCUGAAGAACAGUCAGCAACGGGAAUCAGGGUACUACUCAUCCCCCGAGCGCAGUGAGUCUGCCGAGCUGCUGGGGGGCGCCAUGCUGACCUUGUCCACGGGCUCACAACCAAAGCGGCUUGCCGGCAGGAAGGGUAUCCUCAAGCGGAACGGGAAGUACUCCACCUACAGCGGCCCGCCCCCUGCUGCCCUCUCCGGGGAGCCCCCGCCCGGCGACUCGGGCCUCUCCCGCAGCCAGAGUCGCCCUUCCAGCAUCGUAGCUGAAGACAGCGGCCUGACCGGCUCCACCUUCAGCAGGGUCGACUGGCCGCCUGCCUCCACCCGGCCCAACAUCAGGGUGUGCGUCUCUGCGGAGAACCUGCUCCAGCUGGCUGGCUUCAGGGGCCUCCAGGCGGUGUCGGGACUCCACGGGGGCAAGCUGAGCCGGGGGGGGCAGGGCUCCCCGGGCGACAACGGCAGCUUCUCCUUGCUGGGCGACCUGGACGACAUGACUCAGGUGUACCAGCAGGCGCUAGACAUCAGCAGCAGCUUGAUCUAGGGAGAAGCAAGACUGGGGACACGGGGGACAGUGUAUGUGUGGGUGGGUGUGCGCGAGAUAUAGACGACCAGUGAGUACCUGGGAUAGUCCAUGUGGCAGCUGAGGGCUGCCGUAUCAGAGUGAAGGCCACCCUGCACAGGAUACGGCUCGUACACAUAGAGAAACACACAGGCACAGACAUAGAAACCCAGAGAUAUGCGGAAACCACACUUCAGAGGAACCCGGAGUCUCACACUCACGCACUCACCCUCCGCGCCCCCGCCUGUGUCCCUCCCGGUGGUCAUCUCCAGGGCAUGUGGCCGCACUCGCGUGUGACUCUUUCGUGUCGUGCCCCGCCCCUUGCCUCUUGUUGUGUCCAAAUGUUUACAUAUUGUAUAGAGGGCGUGUCGUUAAGCGGCUGGCGCCCUGGCUCUCCAACCCGUCGCUAGUUACGGGUCGCCAGUCUGGGUUUACAGAAGCACCUUAAAACUCACCCAGAGCGGCAUUUCUCGCCGUCCCUACAAACCAGGGUCCUGCUUCCUCACUAUUUAUUGUUUCUUCUCCCAGAAAAGGUGACACGACAAAACUGGUAUUUGCUCACCCAGUAUCUCCAAUCCCCAUGUGGAGCUGACAUAUAUGAUUAUCGUGUAACUCGAUCCGCCUACCUUAUAUAUGACAAAAAAAAAACCUUCACAUGUAAAAUGUGAGGCUACAUCUGACUUGAGCAGGGCAUGCAUGUCCAGUAUUUACAGACUUAGGUAUGGCAUGAGGAAUGUGUAUGACCUCUGUAGGAAGUGCCUUUUAAAUCCAUAUCUUGAUUGUGUAUGUCAUUUCCUAAAAGUGGAGAUUGAUACCCGGUUAGUCAGUCACUGAGUGUGGUCUUCUUGAUGAAUGUUGACACCCAGGACCUAAAAAGAUCUGCUAAAAUGCUACCCCGUCCCCCUUCAUCAGUGUGGAGCAUCAUGGGAGAUGAAACUGGGCCAGUCACCCCGACAUGGAAUCACGGGGUCUCCCAUGGCCCAGUUGGGUCUCGUGGUGAUGGCCUUGCAGUUGACUGGAAAGCACCAGUCAAACUAGAUUGUCCUCUGGAUCCCUCCUGAGAUUCCACAAUUAAAUACUUUAAGACAAAUAUAAACCCCAUCUCCCCUUAAACUCUUUUUCUUAUGGGGAGUGGCCAUUCAGAGAUGCUUCUCUGGUGUUUAAUCCCCUUUCAAAAGGGAGAGUGAGAAAGAAACAUUCUCAGAUCUUGUUUUCAUUGUCUAGGGUUACUGUUUACUCUGAGAGGGAAAUAUUCCGCUGAUUACUUAGCGGGCCAUAGAAACAAUUAUAGACAUGAUUGUAGGCCAAGACACAUUUGCACUGGUGGCUGUGAUGUUGUAACGUUAGACACAGAUGGAGGUUCCUCUCUUGCCAGAGAUUUAAAUUCCUGGCCGCUGUCGAGCUUUGUCGUGUGUGUACUCGUUUUAUGAGCACGUGAGAUAGUGACAUAGAUAGUGUUUUUUUUUUUUAUUCUGAAGAAAGACAGAGGAAGGUGUAAAAUGAGAGAUAGAGUCAGAGACGUAGAUUAGUCGAGGAAUGUGGAGAAUUGGUGAUGUGUUGACCUCUGACCCCUCUCCCCUAGAAGAGGAAUGAGAGGUGAUGAGGAAAAGCCAUGUAGGAUGUAAGUAGGAAGAUGGAGCAUGAGCGUGAUAAGCUGAAGGAGUGUGGAAAGUCUUGUUUUAGAAGCCAAAGAAGGAGAAGAGCUUUAAUGGAGGGAGCUAAUCACAGGAAACCAGGAAGAGACAGCUGCAGCUGAGAGGUUGUGUUUUGUGCUGAAAUACACCAAAGAGCAAGAAUGUACUGCUUUUAGACCCCCCACCCCUGUUUUCAUGGGCUCUCUCAGAAGAAGAUUGUGCAUCUGAGCCGAAGAGCUUGUGGACCAACUUCAUAGGAGUCGGAAAAUGGGGGCCGUCACAGAGUCCCAGCCAAUCGGCGGCCACUGGUGGAGCACUUAGAUCAACUGAGCGAUGCUGGGAGAAGGCCACGCCCAAUAGGGUUCCUUCCAGGGGUGGUGCGUAGUGUGGGCUGGUGCCCCAGCGACGGUGGUCCUAGUGGGGAUGCUUCACAAGUUGGGGAGCUACAGCGCCUUUUCCAGCCGCGUCCUUUAAUCAGUUGCCAGGGCGAUCUGCAAUGCCGUUCCCAUAGACGCAGCCCAAAGGAGCAGUGCCACACUGAACGUUUGUACAGUUCAGUGUGUAGCAAGGUCUUGGGUCAAAAAAAGACACACUCAAGGUGACCUGCAUUUGGUUUUGUAUUGUUAUUGACAUUAUUGUUGUUGUUUAACUGGAUUUACAGUGAUGAAAUUAUACUAUGUUAGUAUUUUGAUUAAUAGCGCUUUUGUUUUUGAUUCUACAAAAUAUAGAUACUUUAUAUUGCUUUAUUUUUUAUGACAGAAACCGAGUUAGUUCCUGAUUUUAGCUGCUGGCCAAGAAUACAUUUUAUUCCAGCAUGAGGGUGGUGUCUGCAGUUGUGGGUGGAGCCAACUAGGAUGGGAGGGGCCCAACACAUGACCCCCGAGCCAACACCCACCAGCCUCAUCUCUUGGCCUGGUGUCAUGUGACCUUAAUGGUUAAAGUACCACAUACAAGGAGCUCUCGCUAUCAGGUGACUACGACGCAUGACAGUGCCUAGUACAGAGAGGGAAAAAUCACGCUAACUUGCUUUCUGCCAUACUGGAUAUAACAGGUGCAUGUUCUGUAGGAGGAAGUGUAAUAUUAGGAGAACUUGACUGGAUAUUGCUAUGGUAACAAUAGUAAUAAUAUGAUAUUUAAGUAUGCUUUUUUUUUUGUUACGGUUCAUUACUAUUGUCGUUAAUGACAUGAUUAUUAUUUUUGGUAAUAAUUUGUAAACCUGGACUGCUAAGGUGCUUUCUGAAUAAUUCCUUUGCUAUCAGUAUGAUCAUGUUUAGGUAUAAUAAUCAGAAUUAUUAUCAUUGUUUUGUAUGUUUUUUAUUUUAAUUUAUAGAUGGUAAAGCCAUUUAACAUGGCAUAUAGCUACUCUGUCCAUGCUACAACUCAAGGCCAUGUGGAGGGAAGUGGCAGAAUCGACAGGGGUCAUCAUGAUAGGCAGUGCUUUACUUGUGUUGUAAUAGCCUCGGUCUACUCGUCAGCCAGUUAUGAUACGGUGCUGCAAUAGCCUUGAUCAUUGUGUAACUGUACAGUGAUUAGGAUGUAUUGUCCUUCUGUUCCCUGGGUUCUUCGCUGGAAAUCGUGGAAUGAGAGCCUGCUCACCCCUGUCUUUCCACCCUGACGAUGCCACUAGUACUGAUUCAAAUAAACUGAUAAUUUUU